AUGUCAGCCCGUGUAGGCCCAAUAUUCCUUCUUCACUUCCAGUGUGGUUAUUGCUGUUGUUACAGGUAUCGGGAACAGCCCAAGAAGGGCCUGCAAAUUGCUCUGAAGCUCAUCGGCCUCUGGUCAACACCAGGCAAAGGCAAACCUAUAAGGAAGUCAGGCAGCAGGACAAUGGGAAUGCCAGCUCCCCCGGUAAGGAACCACACCAUUCCCUACAUUAUUUCCCCUCCAGUCUUCAUUUCAUUAAGGGUGUGUUGGUCUGAAUGUGGCCCAUGAUCAUUAACUCCUAUUAAGGUGAUGGAAAGAGUGAGGACAGUUCAUCUGCAGAUGCUCUUGCAGGAAACUGAUUAUGUUUGACCCAUUCUGUGGUAGGAGCCACCACAUAAAAGGCCCAUUCUCAUCUUGCCACCCUACAGACCUUUCAUGAAGGAGGCGUACGAAAAAGUGCCUCAUAUGAUGAUCGCAAGGUCUAGGUUGGUACUUACCUACCCAACACACCAGAGUAUGCAUCUGGAUUGGCAUGGAGGUGGGGGAAGCUCAGUGGGUCUUUGUGGAAAAAAAUCCUGCAUUUAAGGGCAAACCACUUGCUUAACAUAAUACAGUUGGACCCAUAUGUGGUGAACUGAUGCUUGUAGCUAAAAUGUGAGCUGGAAAGUCUCUAAUUGAAAUCACUCUGUGCAAGUUGGGUUGUGGUCUGUCAAUCUAAAUUUGAUUUAAGUCUAGUUACAUGCAGGAAUUUCUGAAUGUUAGAUUUUGUGGAUGUUGGAUAAUUUGUCAACAUUUUGCAUUGUAGCAUCUUGAGUACAGUGCAGAAUUCUUUGGAGUACAUAAUUUUUUGUUAGGGUUAAACACAGAGUGUGUAUGUGUGUUUGUGUCUACCUAGUCACAGCAUUGUAUCUGGCUCUUCUUUCCCACUCGACAGGUGCCAAGUUUUUGGGAAGAGCUGGACAGUAUUUCCAGUGUCCGGACUGUGGGAAAAGGUUUAGGGGAGAGGAGGAACUCCGAGCUCAUGGCGGUAUCCACAGGAAGGACCGACCCCAUGCCUGUGCUCAGUGUGGGAAAAGAUUCACCCGCCCGUCGGGCCUAG